CGCCGACCCCCCCGCGCUGCCGGGCGCCGGGGCCGGGCGGCGCGGGUCGGGGCGGCACCGGGCGGGCAGGGCGCUGCCCCUGCAGGCGGCCCGCGCGGAGCUGGGCGCGAUCCUGGAGACCGAGGUCCUGCCCGCGACGGCCCGCGCGCGGCUGCAGGCGGUCGACAGGAGGCUGCGCGACGCGGAGGCCGAGGCCCACGAGGCGGAGGAGCACCGCGGGCGGUGGCUGACGCAGCAGUGGAGGCAGCUGCUGACGCGGGCCGGCGGCGACGAGGGUAGCGACGCGAAGCAGGCGAACAUGGAGGAGCUCGCGAGCGG